GCGGUGAAAAAAAGAGACAAACGAAUACAAACGGAAGACGUUAUAUGUAUUUGUGUAUAAUGUAAUGGUAUUGGUGUGGGAACCCAAGCGAUUAGCGUCGAGCAUAACCAUCGCAGUUUGAUACACACUUGUAAUAUUUGUGUGUUGGGUGGAAAAAGAAGUACUACCAAUCGAUUUUUUCAUUUGCUUUUACCUCCAUCAAUUAGUAAUACCGAACAGUGUUUAUAAUUAAUUGAAGUGAAAUUAGACUGAUAAUGUCAUCAAAAAGGAAAAAUCCAGCUGCCAAGAAGGGAAAGAAUAAGUCGAGGAAAGUGGAGUACGAUGAGGAGGAUAUUUCAAGUGAACAUGAGUCUGAUCUUGAGGAUGCCGACGCCGGUUCGAACGCUGAUGCUGAGGACGCCAACGAUGAUGAACUCAAUGAUGUCUCUAACAUUCCUGAAUUACGUGCACCAGAGGGAGGCUGGGGCAAGCCUGGAACCUUCGUAAUGUGUGGAUUAACAAAUUGGGAUCAGGCUGGACGUAAAGCACCGCCGAAAGGCUCGAAGGUAAACAUUGGACGGAGCUUGUGGACGCCACACACUUUCAAGAAUCUCAAUGGGGCCAGGGUAAGACUCGUUGUAUCUGGCCCAGCUGCUUCUCACUGCGUCGUUGUUACGGAGGACGACAGGUGUCUCGUAUUCGGAAGGAAUGACAAAGGACAACUAGGAGUGGGCGACACAAAUCGUCGCGAUGAUCCAACCGAGGUUGAGGCCCUGAAGGGUCACACAGUGAUAGCAGCAGCCUGUGGUCGUGCUCACACCCUCUUUCUCACAAGUCGUGGACUAGUUUUUGGAGCUGGUGACAACAAACUGGGGCAAUGUGGCGUUGGUAAAACCGAUGCAAUGAUCACAACAGCAACUAAAGUCAAAUACUCAGGGGCUCCAAUCGUUAAAGUCGGCUGUGGUGCUGAAUUUUCCAUGAUUCUGGAUAUAAAAGGUGGACUCCACUCGUUUGGAUCCCCAGAAAAUGGUCAACUAGGUCACAACACCGAUGGAAAGUACUUUAUUACGAGCACUAAAAUGGCAUUUCACUUCGAAAAAUCACCCAAACGAAUUGUUCUGUACGUGGAGAGAGGCAAGGACGGUCAUGUAACUCCACUUGAUAGAGUUGAAAUAACCGAUUUUAGUUGUGGAUAUUAUCACACUGUAGCUAUUGACAGCAAAAGUCGUGCUUUCUCUUGGGGCUUUGGGGGAGUUGGGAGACUUGGACACAAUGAGCAGAAAGAUGAACUUGUUCCACGAUUAAUCAAGUAUCUUGAGCCGCCCAAUCGUGGAGUCAGAUCCGUCCACUGUGGUAGUACUUACAGUAUUGUUAUCAAUGUUCAUGGCACUGCGCUUAUGUUUGGACAGACUAAACGCACUGGCGAGGCUAAUAUGUAUCCUAAACCCAUUCCUGAUCUUUCUGGAUGGGAGAUCAGAUGUGUUGGAGUCAGCCAGACCAGUGUUGUUGUUGCUGCUGAUGAGUCGGUCAUCGCUUGGGGAGCUAGCCCUACUUUUGGAGAACUUGGUUUUGGAGAAAUGAGAAAAUCAUCAACAACUCCAAUGGAAGUAAAAGCCCUGGAGGGUCUCUACAUCACAGCAAUAACUUGUGGACUGUCUCACACAUUAAUGAUAGUCAGAGAUGAUACUGAAGAGGAACGAGCUAAACUUGCUAAACUUGAAGUCUACUCAUGCUAAAUUUCUCCCCUCGACUCCUCUCAUUUUUUAUUUUUUAUCUCUCAUUAUGUCAUUAUGAUCUUUCCAUAGAGGUACACGGAAUUGAGUUCCCAAAUCAUAGAAAAAUAUUCAGAGGCAAAAAUCAUCCAGGUAAUUUUCGAAAUAUCCCGUUAACCAUUAGUUUUUAAAGAACAUGUCCGGAUACAUUUUUUUUAAAAGACUGUUUUCGAAAGUUCUAGAUAUUUUGCCUGAAUACCAUUCUGUCACGAGAUUAAUGCAUAGCAGAGAAAAAUGAAAUUUACUCAAUUUGAUCACUUCGCCCCCUCAGACUAAUCCCAGAACAUUUAACAAAUAACUCAUAAUGAUACGAUAAAACAAUUUGAAAUCAGCUGGGUAGUUCACUUAAUUUGCAUCACGUAAACUCAGUGAAAUGAAUGAACUGAUACAUAACAUAUUUUAAUACGUUAAUAUUUUUAUCACUUUUUGCGGUAUGAAAAAAAUUUGUCAGCCUAAUUAAACUAGAACGCCAUUACAGUAAUAGUUAUUUGUACAAUUGCUCCAUGAUCAGUUGUUAAUUGUAUUCAAAUAAUUUCAAAAUCAUCUUACACGGGUACCUGAGUAUUGGGCGUUAUUACAUAAUAGUGAAAUUAAUUUUCUAAUUGUUCUCAUUUCAUUGAAAUUCUGCCAAUGAUACGGAGAUAUUAAUCGCAUUUUAUAAGUCAUCACAUUGAAACAGAAAAGUAUUAUCUACGAAACUGAACACUAGUGAGAGGGAGUGGGAUUAAACUAUGUUCUCUCAUCUCUUCGCACUACAUUAUAGAUAUCGUGGAUUUUAGAGGAAAAUGUCCAGGUACUUCAUUUACAGGAAAGUUCAUUACUUGGAAAAAAAUAUAUUUCGACAUCUCGUAAACGUUUCAUUUCCCAGACAAACUCAAUCAUCUAGAAUUUUAUGCUGCACUUUUUACAUUUUACUCUUUCAAACAGUAAAAAAAUGAUUUUCCCAUUUUAUUAUUUUUCAAUUUUAAUUGCAUUUUACUCGAGAUUGAGCUGAUGAACAUUCUUCCAUAGUUUAUACCAAUGCCAGGAACAUAGGGAAUCUUGAAUAAAAACGAUCGUACGUGUUUAUACUUAGAUAACAGGACAUGACGGAACUCGCCUCGUGCACUGAAGAAGAGAGAGGGAGAGAGAGUAAAUGAUAAAUUAAAGAAAAUAAGACUUUGGAUAUAAACUUCAUUAAAAUGAGAACUGCCAAAACGAAAUGUACAAUUAAAAUCACUCAUCCAGCCCCCAAAAUGAAUAACUUCCAUGUAAUAUAACUAAUUUACACAUUAGGGUUUUAUGUGGUAAAACGAAAUUAGAUGUAGAUUUUACUCAAAGAAAUAAAUGAAAUGUCUUUUUUUAUUUUUACGCACAACUGUAACGGUACUUCAAGUAAUGAUGAACUGCACUCGGGUAAAAAAUGAAAAUAAUUAUUAAUAUUGGGAGCGUCAUUAGAUUUUUAAGUUGGUGAUGUAAACAAUGAUCCACGAAGGAUAAUAAAUACGAUUUACUAAUAAAA